AUGAAAGCACGCCAGGUGAACUAUGCGUGGGUAAGCAUCGUAUCUGAUGUUGAUUGGGAGGGAAACGACGUAUGUAAUUCGCUCGGGGCUGCUUUGAGGCAGGCGGCACAGGAGGGAGUGAAGCCAUAUGUCGGGCCAAGUGAUUUUUCUGUGGUUUCGUCAAAAGGAAAGGGCCGAGCCGUGUAUGAUGCGUGUAGCAAUUGGGAAGAUGGGACGGUAAAAAAGGUUGUACCGUUUGAGAGGACCCCUGCUGUCAUGGAGGAACUAUCGUUUCGAAGAUUGCCUGAUGUUUGUGAUGUUAUGUGUGCCAUCUAG